UCCACUAUUUUUAACAAGGAAUAAUAAAAUACAAUCGGACAAAUUAUUUGCGUUACUCGAUGAUAAUGAAAGUACAAUAUUAUAAUGUUAAACACUGAAGCAGAUUCCUUGCAACAUCGUCAAUCUUCGUGCAUAAGCUUGCAGAGUGGAAGCCAAGCCAUGUCUAUAAAUUCUUCAGUUCAUCUGCUAAAUCGUCACACUUAAUUCGGAAUUCGGCGUUAGGCUAAAAUGUUUGCUUUCAAAGAAAUGCCGCAGUCCGCUUCUUCCCUGUUCGCGGCCUACGCCUCCUUCGCCACCUCUAUGAUGAUGAUCCGUUCUAUAACCAACGACCUUCUUCCUCCCCAAUUACUUUCCUUCAUCUCCUCCAUUUUAUUCUACUUUUUUCCCCCGAAAUCCUCUCCUCAGGCCACCCUCGUCAUCGAGAAGAAGUCCAAUUUCUCCAAGAACCAGGUCUAUGAAGCUGCCGAGAUCUACCUCCGUACAAAAAUCAGCUCCUCAAUGGACCGUCUCAAGGUCUCCAAAACCGGAAGGCAGAAGAAAGUUUCCCUCUCCAUGGAAAAGGGCCAAGAAAUUACUGAUGAUUUUGAGAACAUUCACCUCACGUGGCGAUUCGUCUCCGUAGAAAAGAAGGAAGACGGUGAAUACGCCAAAGAGAAAUACCACUACGAACUUGUAUUCGAUAAGAAAUUCACGGAUACGAUUAUAGAUUUCUAUUUCCCUUACAUCUUACGCAGAGCCAAGGAGAUUAAAGAGCUGGAUAACGUUGCCAAGCUCUGUAGCCAAGAUUGUACCUACGAUGACGAUUCUGGUGGUAGCGAUGGAUGUCGAGGGAAUUGGGGAUCCAUCGCUCUUGAACAUCCGGCGACGUUUGAUACUCUGGCGGUGGAUCCUGAUUUGAAGAAGAUGAUAAUAGACGAUUUGGAUAGAUUCGUCAAGAGGAAGGAAUUCUAUCGGAAGGUAGGGAAGGCUUGGAAGAGAGGCUAUUUGUUGUACGGUCCGCCUGGUACGGGGAAAUCCAGCUUAAUCGCCGCCAUGGCUAAUUACCUCAAGUUUGACAUCUACGAUCUUGAUCUCACGGAUAUCGACAGCAAUUACAAUCUACGAAGAGCGUUACUCUCUACUACGAAUCGCUCAAUUUUGGUGAUUGAGGAUAUAGAUUGCAGUGUGAAUUUGCAGAAUCGGGAAAGCGACGAGAACAACGACGACUCUACCAGAAGCAGGUUGACGCUAUCCGGUAUGCUGAAUUUCAUAGAUGGAUUGUGGUCGAGUUGCGGCGACGAGAGAAUCAUCGUCCUCACGACGAAUCACAAGGAACGGUUGGACCCGGCGCUGUUACGACCAGGUCGAAUGGACGUCCACAUAAACUUGUCCUACUGCACCUCCAAGGCGUUCAAGGUCUUGGCCACCAAUUACCUCGGCGGCGAAGCGACUGCUCAUCCGCUGUACGAAGAAAUCGAAGGCCUAAUCGAUGGCGCCAACGUGACUCCGGCGGAGGUUGCGGAAGAGCUAAUGAAGAGUAACGACAUUGACACCGUCAUGGAAGGAUUGGCCAAGUUUGUGAGACUUAAGAGAGAGGAACAGAGUGGGGGAAAUGAGGCGCCGGAGGAGGAAGAAGGCGAUGAGAUUGUGGAAGAAGAGCAAGAAGAAAAACUGAACAGAAAAAAGAACGGCGCCGGAGUUAGGAGGUACCGGAGAGGACUUAGAAUGGGAAGCAGAAGUCGUCGGCCGCCGUCGUCGUCGGUAGGUAGUCUUAUAAACAAUCAUGGCUGAAGCAAAUAAAACCCGUGUUGUUACUUGUUACUCAAUUUUCUUUUCUGCAAUACAGCGAGAGGAUGGCGAAUUGUUAAUUACGUAUGUCUGAGGGAGCCACGUAACGUUGGAGUUUUUGUUUUUUCUUUUAUUUUAACAACUUUAUGUUUUUUUACGAAUAAAAAUUAAAAAUUCUGUAAACAAUAUUUGGAUAAUUAUACAUGCCGUACCUUUUUUUUUUCUUUAAUCCAAAAGCGAAACGCCACGGUAAGUCACUGAAGAAAAUUGUGGUC